CAUCGAUAUGUCAUAAACAGUUAUCAAUCGUGAUCAAUUUAUGACAAACAUUCUCACUCUGAUUCAAUUGUGACCAAUAAAAUCAUUCUUGAGAUUUCGUUACAUAACUGAUUCCAAAGCGUGCCCUGCUCGCAGCCAAAGCACAUCGGGUUGUUCUCAGUAUUACUUUAGACGUAAGGUCGCCCGGCUGCGGAAAGGGAACAACGAUUUUUAGCGAAUUUUCUUCAAUCGGAAUCAAUUGGGCGCGCAUUUCACGAGUGUUGAGAGCGGAUCGAACGUGCUCGUUUCUCGCAAAUUUUUAAUAGUCAUUUAAUAUUUUUAAUAUUGUGCGGUUCUCGCCGUUCCAUAGACCUUGAAUUUUGCGCAAAAUUAUUGUGAUACGAUUUCGAGUUGACUUGGAUAACGCACGCGUAACACUGAACACACGUGCCUUCAGUCGUGCGCGCCAGAUGUCCUCGUAGCAGCCGGCGUCAGCAGCGCUCCACCGCCGAUUGUGAAAGGGCAACCCCGCUUGGAUCGCUUGGAUCGAACCGACGGCGCAAGCGUGCUUCCGUUGGGCGCAUAGCGUCUGUCAGUCGGCGCGAAGGGUAAAGCCGAUCUUCCGAUUCUGCGCGCAUCGCAGUCGGCGCACCGUCCCGGGUCAGCUGCGCUUCAGAGCCUCGUCCGUCCGCAGUUCAGUAGUCCGCGUACACUCUCUCAGUACCGUGAACCCUCCCCUCUUCGUUAUAACAACCGUACAAAACCGUUUUUACCGUGCAAUUUCGGUUGUGCCAAUUCGGUUCGGCGUGAGAGCACAUCGUAUCGUCGUUGGACAUCAGGAUGGCGGACAAGAAAGUGGCCGAACAGUACUACAGCCCGCCACCGAAACUUGGCAAAUGGGAGGGUUUCCGUCAAUUCCUGUGGAACUCUGAGACCAGCCAGUUCUUGGGACGCACCGGCUCCAGUUGGGCCAAGAUAUUAUUCUUCUACAUAUGUUUCUAUUCGGUACUGACGGGUUUCUUUGCCGCAAUGUUAGCGGUGUUUUAUCAAACGUUGGACAAUAGGAUGCCUAAAUGGCAACAAGACAAUUCGCUCAUCGGCUCUAAUCCAGGUCUCGGGUUCCGGCCGAUGCCGCCAGAGUCCAACGUCGAGAGCACGCUCGUCUGGUACCGGGCUAGCGAAAGCAAGAACAUGGAAUACUGGACGAAAGAAAUCGAUAACUUCCUGCACGAAUACCGAAAGAAUGAAAAUGUAGAGAACCGUGUAAGCUGUGAUUACAAUAAUUAUCCUCAAGAAGGCAAAGUAUGCGACGUGCCCGUUGACAACUGGUCGCCAUGCACGGCCGACAACCAGUACAACUUCCACAGAAGCGCGCCUUGCAUAUUUUUGAAACUCAAUAAGAUUUACGGCUGGAAACCGCAAUAUUAUAACAGCACCGACGUUCUUCCCGAGAAAAUGCCAAAAGACUUGAAAGACCACAUCGCUAGCGAACGAGGACGCAACCCUAAAACGAUGGAUACAGUGUGGGUAUCUUGCGAGGGUGAGAACCCAGCCGAUGUUGAAAAUAUGGGUGCCAUUCAAUUUAUCCCUCGCCGCGGUUUCCCAGGAUUUUACUACCCUUUCACCAAUGUUGAAGGAUAUCUCAGCCCAUUAGUCGCAGUGUACUUUGAGCGGCCGAAAGUUGGAGUCUUGAUCAACAUUGAGUGCAAGGCAUGGGCGCAGAACAUUAUCCACGACAGAGCCGACAGGAGGGGCUCCGUGCACUUCGAGCUCAUGGUCGACUUCUAAGGAAAGCAGUGACGCGCCGCAUCAGACGCUUAUCAACAACGAUUCAUCGGCCGUCUUAACUUUAACACUACCAACGCAUAAUAAAUAAAUAGAUAAAUAUAACAAGAAAAUACCAAAACAUACAUCUACAUAAAUAACAUUUACAUGAUACACGAACAUAUUACACGACACAAGAUCAUUCCAUCGUCACACAAAACACGCGCUCGCAAAGCGACACUCACUAAACAAUCGACAUCACAUUUACACGACACAUUAAUAGUUAUUAUUAAGUACCAAGUGUUUGAUUCGAGAGGUGACAAGUAAAACAUUUGAAGUUUGGGAAGCACUGGAUAGAGAGUCACCUCGUCUAAUGUGGAUUCACGAGUCGUCGCGUAACCAAAAAAUUAACAAAAAUUUAAAGUUUUAACUAAAUCGUACAAAAGCACAAAACAGUUGUACGAUCCUAUACAUAACAUGAAACGUUAGAAGGCAGGGCCGUGCCCAACAUAAAAAAAUUCCCCCCUCUCCCCUUUAAUAAAAUAAAUAAGAUACAAUCCCCGCCUCUUAGAUAUUAAUUAAAUAAAAACAAUUACUUUAAAGAGUUUAAGAAUUAAUUAUGAUGAUAUAAUAAAUUAAGGUUAAAAAAAUACUUAGUCCGUGAGAGAAAGAGAGUUCAACUAUAAUAAAUAAAAUAGUUACUUGAUUAUCUCGUUAACCCCGCGCCAUAAUAGGUGGCAGUUGAUUACCGUAGACAUUUUGCGCGGUUUUCGGGUAUUAUUCUGUUUAAACAUUUUAACAAAAAAGUAGAGGCUGAGCAAUUUACUUCGAGUGUUGUAGAGUUAUGUAAUUAAAUUAUAAAUUCAAAUGAUAAAA